AGACACACACACGCUAUCCGUUGCCGAGCGUAGCAUAUCUGCUGCUGUGUUACAUUCGCGGUGCGCAAAGAGAUAGCGGAAGCUGCUUUAAUGCUUAUCUUUGGUUCCAUAAACUUGACACUGAUUCACAUCGCGUAAGGCAUACUUCGGGGAACAGAUUGGACGGUCUAGUUGGCUUGCGUUCCCUCGUUUAUCUCAAAGAUUAUCCAUCGUCUGCUUUAGUGUUUUGGGCCCCCAUUUUGAUCACAAAUAAAAAAAACAAACUCACUUUUCUUAGUAACUGUUCAGUUAAUUCCUUUCGAUCCAUUUGCCAUUUUAAGCGUAACAUGAAAACACAUCAUCCUAAGGCAGUUUGUUUCUUCCAUACUCCUUGUAUUGCUUGCGCAAGGUCACUGCACCAAUCUUAUCUCGCUGCUACAGAGAUAGGAUAUAGAAGGCAUUAAUUUAAGAUAUCUCGGCCCCCGUGGUUCAGUUGUGAAGGCGUCGAUACCCAGAGUUCAGUUUUUCGCGCACUUCCGAGCACAAUGGUCAUCCACAAGAUAUACGUACCGCCGUCGGUUGUGAAGCUACCACCGGUAGUGGAUACGACACAUUUGCCACCGGCCACCGCUUAUCAGCCACCAGCGGGCUCGGAUUUUCCGUUGAUUGUGGAUGAUGCUGGAGCGCCGAUCAGCGUCGGUACGUUGCCACCGUUGGCGGAUGACAUAGGAACGUUGCCAACGUCCGCGGAUGACGCGGUGCUUGAGCUGGGACCGGGGAAGAUUGUCGGCCGUAGGAGGGUUCUGCCGAAUGGUACGGAGUACUACUCGUACCAAGGCAUUCCCUACGCCCAUCCGCCCGUCGGUGAGCUACGGUUUAAGCCACCGGUUCCGUUGGAAAAGUUCGCCGAAGAACCGUUGCAGUGUGGAGUGGAGAGAAGCAUAUGCCUCGCCAGUUUCUAUCUACCGGCGAGUCCUCCGGGAACCGAGGAUUGUCUCUAUCUGAAUGUCUACACGACGAACGCACCCGGUAAUGUGGGAGUUCCACUUAAACCGACGAUGCUAUUCAUACACGGCGGAGGCUACUAUACUGGUAGUGGUAAUACUGAUUUUUACGGACCGGAGGUACUACUUCAGCAUGACGUCAUUCUGGUUACGGUCAACUAUAGGCUGGGUCCUCUCGGGUUUAUGGCGCUUCCGGCAGCUGGUGUGUAUGGAAACCAGGGCCUGAAGGACCAGCAGCUGGCGUUGAAGUGGGUUCACGAUAAUAUUGCUCGGUUCGGAGGUGAUCCAGAGAACGUGACACUGAUGGGAGAGAGCGCCGGCAGUGGUUCCGUUGGCUGGCACUAUCUGUCGCCGAAAUCACGACAGUUCUUCCACAAGGCCAUCUGCCAGUCUGGCUCGGUGUUCUGUCCGUGGGGUAUGCAGUAUCAGCCGGAGCAGAAGGCGCGUCGAUUGGCCGCUCUGCUCGGUUACACCGGAGAGGAUGAUGCCGGAGUCUUGGAGACGCUGCAAAACGCUUCGGCGGAAGACUUGGUGAUGAAUGCGUCGCGUGCAUUCGAUGAGACGGAUGUUACCACCUACCUGUUGUCUCCGUUCAUCCCAUCGAUCGAGGAUGCCGCCUCGGAGGAUCCCAUUAUACCGCAGCGUGGCGAAGAGUUGCUGAAGCAGGCUAAUACCAUCACCAUUCCGCUGAUAAGCGGCGUCACCAGCGCCGAGGGUCUGGUGUUCUACGGUACGAUGUUGCCGAAGCUGACCGAGCUUGCGGGUAACUUGACGAAGGUACUGCCACUGGAUCUGGCAAUCCCGCACGAUCAGUCCACCGGUGUGGCCGAGGAGGUGCGUCAGUUCUACUUCCAGGAUCAACCGAUCGAUGAGACGAACUAUCCGAAGCUGCUGGAGCUGGUGGGUGACGUAGCGUUCAACUUUCCGGUUUAUUGUGCCACCGUGCUACAGUCACGCUACCAACCGGAAGCACCCCAGUACUUCUAUCGUUUCGGUUACGAGACUGAGUUGAACCAGACGCGCGCCCAUUUCAGCGUCCCCGACGGAGUGCCCGGUGCAGCGCAUGGCGACGAGCUGGCCUAUCUGUUCAACGGAUCCGAUUUUAAGGUCCAGGUAGAGCGGGACUCGGCCCCAGGCCAGGCACGGGAUCUCGUAAGCCGCCUCUGGACGAACUUUGCCAAGUUCGGUAAUCCGACACCGGACGAUCAGGUUGCAACACUCGGAUUCCAGUGGGGACCGGUAGCACCGACGACCGAGGAACCCUUCCGGUUGCCCGCCCUCGACUUCAGCAACGACGCUGUCACGAUGGUCGAGAAUCCGUUCGCCGAGCGGAUCCAGUUCUGGAAGUCGCUGUACGAGCGCUACAAUCCAACACUGUUGUCGGUGGGUCAGCAGCAGCAGCAGAUUGACCAGUGGUCAAACAGUAUACCAGCACAAAACGACAAGAUGGUGAUGCGCCGCGUACGUCACAUUGAUCCAGCGAUCCAGCUGGCCGCUCAGCAGGGCUGUGCCGCCUCCCGGGUGAUGGUGAAGGUAGCCCAAGGGUUCAUCUAUGGCACCAAGGAUCGUCUACCGAAUGGCCAGCCGUACUAUUGCUUCAAGGGUGUACCAUACGCUCAGCCACCGAUCGGUCCGUUGCGCUUUGCCUCUCCCGUACCGAUCGAGAAGUACUCCGUCACCUACCUGGAUUGUAGCAGUGAGCGAAGUGCCUGUCUCGGGCGUGAUGUGAUUACACGUGAGAUUACCGGAUCGGAGGAUGGCCUGUUUUUGAAUGUCUAUACUCCACGGAUCGGGAAAGAUGUGGAUCCGGCAGCGGAACCCAUCCUUCUUCCCGUGAUUGUAUUCUUCCAUGGUGGAGGUAUGACGGGAGGAAACGCUGACAGCGGCCUCUACCUACCGGACUAUCUCGUGCAGGAGGGCGUCAUCGUCGUUACGGUCAACUAUCGGCUUGGAGUGCUCGGAUUCCUCUGCCUUCCGCAGGCCGGUAUCGAGGGGAAUGCAGGGCUGAAGGAUCAGCGAAUGGCCUUGCAGUGGGUACAGCAGAACAUCCGAGUGUUUGGAGGUGACCGGGAAAAUGUAACCCUUGCCGGGGCUAGCUCCGGUGGGACCAACGUCGUGAUGCAUUGUUUUUCCGACCAGUCCCGUCGGCUGUUCCACAAAGCGAUCGCCCAGAGUGGAACCGUGUUUGCGGAUUUGGUGUACCAGACGGAACCGGAGGAACGGGCCCGUUCGCUGGCACGUAUUUUCGGGUACGAAGGAACGUCGGAUGAGGCAGUGCUCAAAACACUGCGCGACGUACCGGCCAGGCGGUUGUGCGAAGCUCAAUUCCUCGUGCUAUCGCCCCGACAACGAGAGUACGAAUCGAUCUUUCACUUUCCGUUUACCACCGUCAUCGAGCGACCGGAAUCGGUGGAUGCCGUGCUGCGGCGGACACCGGUGGAGUAUCUGCGGGAGCGCGAUCACUUCACGAUGCCGGUACUGUGCGGGUAUAAUGAUCGGGACGGUAUGCUGGAGCUGAUCGAUAUGAUGAAGCAUCUGGCGGUGUACAAUGAGCGACCGGAGAAGCUGAUCUGCGCUUCGUUCGAUGUGGAUUACUUUAGCCCGGAGGCACGGGCCCUUGGGGAGGAGCUGAAGCGCCAUUACCUCGGCGGGGAACCCAUUGCCCGGGGUAACAUUAGCCCGGUGGUGGACCUGCUAACGGAUCGGUUUCUGGUCGGAUUCUAUGUGCUCUGUCAACUGUGGCAUCAGCACCAGACGAAGGUACCGAUGUACGCGUACCGCUUCGCAUACGAUGGUUCCCUCAACAAGAGUAAGGAUUUGCUCAAGUUUCGCGAUUUGGCGGGCGCUUGCCACAUCGACGAGGUUUACUAUCUGUUUAGCUCGGCCUUGCUACGCACGGAGGUGGCUGCCGGGGAUCCGGCCUAUCAGAUGCGUCGUACGAUGGUGCAGAUGUGGACGAACUUUGCCAAGUACUCGGAUCCAACGCCGUCGCACGAUGAACGGCUUACGGUACGGUGGAAGCCGAUGGAGGCGAUAACGGAUGGGGAGGGAAACACGAACUAUACGCUUCUGUCGAUCGGUAACGGCGGGCUGAAGAUGGACACGAUGCCCGAGCUGGGCCGCAUGGGAAAGUAUCUCGAGUUGUUGCGACGCUGUAAUGGGGCCAUUGAUCAGUUUCCCAUACCGAAGGCACCAGUGGCGCAACAGGAGCAAAGGGAAGAUACUAAAGCAGGCUCUUGAUGCUGAUGGACCAACCGUUAAUGGUAUUCCAUCGAAACAUUCUGACUACUGGUGAUGCUCAUUAGACAUCUAGAAGUCGUGCGUCUUCCAUGUUUUUGCUGGUUUUUAGUGAGCGUUCCGUGUAAUAACUUAUGCUUCUUACUAUUAGACUAACAUUAGAAGUGUUCUUCCCCAGGCUGCUAAGUGUUAGCAACGUAUAGCUUUAAGCAUCUAAAUAAAGAUAUUUUUUUGAAG